AUGCCCGCCGUAUCCAAGACCUGUCGGAACUGCGCCGAGUCCAAGGUCCGCUGUGUCCGGACGCCUGAUAGCGCUGACACCUGUAAUCGAUGUCGUCGUCUUGGGAAAGAGUGUAUUUAUCGCCAGAGCGGUCGUCGCUUCAAGGGCUUUGAAAAGGACCGAAAAAUCGCAGCGCUCGAGUCGAAGAUAAACGAGCUGAUUGUCGAUGAUCACUCCACUGGAGGGCGUAGUAAAUCAUCUGUCGAUGGCGAUGCUUCGCUUGAAGACAUCAUCAGCCGCAACUUCCUUGAUAUCGAGACCGCCGAAAGGUACCUAGACAUAUUCAAGACCAGAAUGACUCCUCAUUUCCCAUUUAUUGUUAUAUCUCCCGAUCUAUCUCUCCAGGAGUUACGUCAGGAGAAACCCUUUCUUUGCUUCUCGAUCCUUGCGGCAGCUUCAUUUGAGAAUAUGCCCUUGCAGCGGGCGUUAGGGCACGAAUUCAAGAAAGUUGUUGCAUCACGUAUUAUAAUCGGGGGAGAGAUAACCUUUGAACUGUUACAGGGCUUGCUGGUAUUCCUUGCUUGGUCCCAUUACCACUCAAAACCACAUCGUUAUACUCAAUUCCUGCAAUUGGCUAUAAGUCUCAUCAUAGAUCUGCGUCUGGACCGUCCACCGCAGACAGAAAUGUGGAAGACGGCGCUGCGUUUUGGACCUAAAGAUAGUGUACAGAAUAAGACGUUUGACCGGCCUUCUUGGGGGAGUAAUGAGCAGAGGGCUGUCCUGGGUUGCUACUAUUUAUCGUCGUCAAUUGCAAUGCUUGUGCAGAAGAAAUCGAGUGUUCUGCGUCUGCCGUACCAUGAAGAAUGCUGCAAGAGCCUCGCCGAAGCCAACGAGUAUCCCCACGACAAGUACAUAACCUCUGUAAUCCAGCUUCAAUUUAUCGCGGAGAAGAUCGAUAAUCUGUCUGAAAAGCAUGUAUCCGACUUGGAAAAACCUGGGUCAGGGGCGGAGCUCUAUAUCACCAAUAUAAACCCACAACUCCAGCCGCAAACACAAUCAUUCGACUACUCCUGGAGAGACGAAAUGUCUGUUUCAGCCCUUGUAUCGGCCAGUUCAAUACUGAAUACACUCGUUCACCUCCCAUCCACAGAGGAAGUCGGAUUCAAUAAUACGCAAUGGGUCCAGAUCGGAUUCGCCUUGCUGGUUGCCUACCGACACACAGUGAUAGCUUCCAAGCCAGACCAAACCUUUGCCUUUCUCGAUACUUUAUCAAAGUUGGAGUCGAGGGUUGGCGCAUUAUCCACCGAGGAAGUCGAUGCAAACGGCAAGAGAGAUGUUUUCUUCGACUUCAGGAGACGCGUAGUGCAGAUCCAGAAGUGGUUCGAUGGGCCUAGUAGCAAUAACAGGGGUCAAGAGAGUUCUUGGGAUCAGGGUAGCAUGUGCUUUCAGAUGCCGUACUCAGAGCCCAUGGACUUCGAUAGGCUUGCCGGCACUGCAGUGCAUCUUGGGGGUCCUUCGCCUGUGCCAGGAGAAAUACGGGUGCCUCCUGAUUUUCUGUAUUCAGCUUCAUUUGAGGAGAUAAUGAAUGAAUGGGUGUGGAAAUGA